AUGGGAUAUCCACCGCCUACGCGAAGGCUUAGUGAUAAGAAAAGAUACCAUUACUCUAACAAUCCUAAUCGAAGGCAUCUUUCCGGUGUUUAUCCAAAAAACGGCUUCCCAAAACCAAUUAUUAAUGGAUUUACAUCUUCCCCUACAGCAGAAACUUCUGCAAACACCUCCGUUAGUCCUGCCACUGUACCACCACCACCACCACCUCCUUCAAUACCUAGCACAUUUGGCAUCGAAGCGCCCAGGCCAUCCCGGUAUGAUCCCGGCUCAGUUAAUAGGCCUUCAUCGUCAUCUUAUUUGUCAACGAGGAAGACCGGAAGUCGGUACAAUCCAGAGGUUGAAAGGCCCUCUUCAGCCGGUAGUUCAACGCCGGAAAAUACCAACGCAAAUACCACCCCAAAUACCAAUAUUGACACCGGAAAAUCACGCUAUUCUCGAAAAACCAUGAGCAGAUAUAACCCUCAAUCGAACAGCUCUUCAAACAUCAUGCAUUUUCCCCCACCAACUUCAAACACAUCACCAUUUUACGUCCCCAAUGGUAAUUCCCGGGGCAGACCUAGAUCGAUGGAUGAUCAUAGUCCUGAUAUAGCAAACAACCCUGAACUGGGUAGCGUUUCAUUGGUUAAUAGCAACAGCGCUCAUUCCUAUUACUCCAGGAGCAACAAAUGGAGAUCUGUUGGAACACCUUCCAGGGCGCCUUUUGAUAACCACGUUAGUAAUACAGCAACCACCAACGGAACUCAUCAAAGAGAGCCCUUUUGGAAAGCUAAUAAUAAUGUACUUUUAAAAUCUACUCACUCACAGUCGUCGCCUUCCCUUUAUGAUACUAAAUUUCACGAGAUAAAUAAAAUGGACAAACCCGACUCUCCAGUUAAGAUUAGAGGAUUAAAUAAAGAUGAAGCAAAAGAUCUUCCACAUGACGAUAAUAAAUUCCAAUCUGAAGAAUCAGAUAUCAUACGCCAUGUGUCUACAAAGCUUGAUAGUUUCAAGGCACAUGAAAACGGAAGUUUAGAAGAAGACAGUUCACAUAAAAGAGAACCUGAGAUAACGAAAACCCGCCAUGAGCCAGAAAAAAGAAAAGAACACGGUAGACUCGAAGACGACUUUAGAAAACCAAAAGCAACUAGUGUCGAUGUAAAACAAGAUGGAUUAUGGACAACGACUACAAGAGCUGUCAAUACAAUAGGAAAGGUUAAAGAACAGAAAAAAGAACAAAUAAACUUCAUCAAGAAAGAAGAAAGCUCAGAAAUUAGAAACUACGAAUGGAUAUACGACCCUGAAGCUUUGAAAACUGAUUUAACAGAACUGACACUUGAGAAUGAAAACAAGUGUUACGAAGAGCCGCUUGAAAAAGUAGAAGCAUGCAUUUUUCCAUUACCAAAGACAGAAACAAGGUUAUGGGAAUUAAAAAACCAGAGGAGAGACAAAAUCAUCAGUAAACAGAAGUACUUACUGAAAAAGACGGUGAAGUCUUUCACAGAGUAUCCAUUUUAUGCCCAAAACAAGCUUAUUCACCGGCAAGCCACAGGACUCAUCUUAACCAAAAUCAUUUCAAAGAUCAAAAAGCAGGAAUAUCGAAAAAUAAUAAGCCUAAAGCAUAGCUAUUUUGGCUUACAGAAGAAAUACGAAAAAGAAUGUGAAAUUUUGGCCAAAUUAAGUGAAAAUUUAAGAAAGGAAGAGAUUGAAAAUAAGCGCAUAGAACAUGAAUUAAUGGAGCAGAAGAGACGUGAGGGCGGUGUUGAAAUUGAAAAAGACAAGGAUUUACGCAAACCUUCCUCGUCCUCGUCAUCUCGUCGCAGAAAUAGAGCUGAUUUCGUUGACGAUGCAGAAAUGGAAAACGUGUUACUUCAGAUUGACCCAAACUAUAAGCAUUAUCAGGCUGCUGCAAAAAUCCCGCCACUGAUAUUAAAUCCAGUUGAAAAAUAUUCUUAUAAGUUCCGUGAUGUAAAUAACUUGGUAACAGACAAAAAUCACUGGGCCUCUAGAAUAUUAAAAGACGGUGUUGAUACAUUUUCUGACCAUGAGCAUUCUUUAUUUUUGGAAGGUUAUUUGAUUCAUCCCAAAAAAUUUGGUAAGAUUUCACACUACAUGGGUGGUCUGAGAACUCCUGAGGAAUGUGUUUUGCAUUAUUAUAGAACCAAAAAAACCAUCAAUUAUAAGCAACUCCUCAUGGAUAAAAACAAAAAAAGAAAAAUGUCAGCAGCUGCUAAGCGCCGUAAGAGAAAAGAAAGAAGCAAUGACGAAGAGCUUGAAAAUGACGAAGGUAAAGAAGAGUCUGCCGGCACAGCGGAUAAGGAAGAAAAGAGUGAAAACUUUGUCGAAGAAAUUGUUUAUCCCGUUCUGGUCCAAGGUCCUGAGGCGGAUGCUAAUCUGCAAGACAAACCCGAAAAACUCAUCGGGAAUAUAACCGAACAGGAAAGCGAAGAUGUGACAUUUAAACCAGAAGAAACUGUACAAACUAAUGAAUUGAAAAGGGUGCAUGAUGUGAUUGGGGACAAUGACAGAAAUUCUAGUAUUAUUAAAGUUAACAGCGACUUCUCAUUCACGGCACCCAGAGAAGGGAUGCAAAACGAUUAUUAUGGGGAGGAGCCAAGAGAACUAGAUUUUAGUUUAGAAAAUGCGCUGCAAAGAAAGAAGCACAGAUCCGCACCGGAACAUAAGACAAGUUAUUGGAGCGUCCGUGAAUCUCAACUUUUUCCAGAGUUGUUAAAGGAAUUUGGCUCCCAAUGGUCUUUAAUAUCUGAAAAACUGGGUACCAAAUCAACUACCAUGGUAAGAAACUACUACCAAAGAAACGCUGCUCGUAAUGGGUGGAAAUUAAUUGUUGAUGAGACUGAUUUGAAGCGAGACGGAACAAGUUCUGAAUCCGUACAACAAUCUCAGAUCAUGAUACAACCAGAGCGUCCAAAUAUUAAUGCUUAUAAUAACAUUCCUCCACAACAAAGGCCCGCCCUGGGGUAUUUUGUUGGACAACCAACCCAUGGACCUAGUACAUCUAUAUCUUCUGUUGACGGGUCUAUGAGACCAUUCGGACCUGACUUUCAUCGUGAUAGCUUUUCUAAAGUUAGUACGCCUUUAACAACUUUACCACCACCAAGACUACCUUCCAUCCAAUUCCCACAUUCAGAAAUGCCUGAGCCUACGGUGACAGAUCUGCGCAACAGAACUUUAGACCAUAUCGACACAUUAGCCGAAGCAGCCUCAUCAGUAACAAAUAGUCAGAAUUUCAGUGAUGAAAGACACGCCAUUGGCACUAACCACAAAUCAACAACGAUUAGUAGUUUACUGAACAAUGCUGACCGGGAUGUCAAGGUUCCUUUCCAAAAGACUUCUAAGCAGCAAGCACACGUUGAGGGUACUCCUAAGCUGAAUAACAUUGUAGUACAAGAAAUAAAACCUAACAUCACUACCCCAAGAUCCAGUUCUAUUUCCGCACUAUUGAACCCUGUUCAUGGGAAUGGUCAACUGAAUCCAGAUGGGAGACCGUUGCUACCAUUUAACAAUAUCACUUCUCGUGGGCCUCCUAGUUUUCCUUUACCCCCUCCGCGGACUAGUACGGCCAUUCAUGCGCCUCCAAAGUUCAAUUUUUCCAAUGACCCAUUGGCGGCUUUGGCUGCAGUUGCAUCAGCACCAGAUGCAAUAAAUGGCUUUUUGUCCAAGAAGGAUAAUGAUAAUUAG